AUGAGAAGAAAAGGUAAUGUUUAUGUUGUGGAUGUCUCUCUUACCUUUUCGCCCUAUUCGCUUUUGUUCAUUUUGUUUGGUUUGGCUUCGUUGCUUGGCUUGACUGUGAGAAAAAAGGGUUUGCGAUAUAAAGUUAUGGCAUGUUUUCCUGAUAAGAUUAAGUUGAUAGAUGGAUCAAGGGAAACUCUUAAGCUUUUUGUAAGGAUCACUGAUCUUUGGUUCAUUGGGAUCCCUGAAAAGUCUAAACAAGCCGAAAUGGUGGUUGUUGAUUCUGAUGGAGAUGAAAUCCAUGUUGUUUGCAAACAAGAUCAGCUAAAGUCUUGGAAGGAUGAUUUUAAGGAAAAUUUGACUUAUGUGAUGCAUAAUUUUAAAGUUAUGAAGAAUGAUGGAAAAUUCAGAAUUUGUGAUCAUGAAUAUAAAUUAUCUUUUAUUGGAGUUACUGUUGUUAGGCAAUGUAAUAUGGAACACUUACCUUUUAGGAAAUUCAGAUUUGUUGAUUUUUCCACUGUCAUUGCUGGUCAUUUUGAAACUGGACUCUUGUUUUUGUCUUAUUUGAAUGAGGUUGAAGAUGAAAGACUCAUCGUUAUUCUUUUGACACAUGCCAGGAUCAAGGAAGCCCAGGGAUCAUAUCCGCUGUCAGUUAGUAAUUCUUUCAGGGCGUCUAAACUCAUGAUCAACGAGCUUGUGCUGGAAAUCCAAGAAUUCAGAGAAAGCCUUUUAGAUUUAGGGAUUGAGGUUAGAUCAGUUUUGAUGCCUAUUGGACAAGGGAGUUCAUAG